UACGUGACGGAAUGUGCUGGGGCCUUAUGAUUGCCUCUGCUUAGUCUGGUGCUGUCGUCUUAUCUUCCUUGAGGUCCUUGGCUGUUAGCGGGCUAAAACAAAGAUAGCAUCUGCGGCUGAGGCCACCCUUCAGACAAGAAGUGUGGUCCUUACACAGAUAGAAAAAAAUGCAGCUUGAGCACAAUACCUAAUAACUAUAGCAACAGACUUUAAGCAUACUAAAGUUGUGUGAUAAUAUAUCCAUGAUUUUUCUAACAAUACACGAGUGGUUAGUGACGUCUUCAGCCCUCCAAAGCACUUUGGAAAAUUGCUUUUGUUUUUUCAUGUAUUUCUCGCUGAAAAUAAUUGCUAUGAUAAAGUUAUUCUUUUCAAGGAGAUGUUGAAACAUGGAUCCAAAGUCCGUUUGAAGGAAUAUAUUUUGAAGCAAAAAUGAGAAGAAUAACAUUUUGUAAACAUAAAAUAUGCUGCAAGAUCAGUCUUUUUUUUUUCCAACUCGACAAAAAAAAGUAGCUGAGGUAAAAAUGCUCAUUUCAGUGAGAUGUGCUGCUGGUUCUGCAAGCACACCACCGCUCUCUCCUCACCACUUCCUGUGCUUCUUCACAACCCGGAGAACAGCAGCUGCUUGCCAGGCUUGAGAGACACUCCAGGAUGGCAUUUUGCUGGACAUUCUGUCUUCUGCUACUUUUCUUUCCACCGACAGCGGAGGCCGUGGUGGUGUACGACCCCAGACUGUGCUACAUCCUGGAUGGCUUCCUGGGUCUGUACGGCCUGGUGAUUACCGCCAUGUUCAUCAAGGAGAAGUUCUUCAAAACUAACUCGUAUGGCAGCUACACGGAUCAAAAAGGCCGAAAGGCAGGAGGCGACUUGCAGCAGAGAGGCGACCUGGAGAGAGGACGAAACCGCUGGCUGACGGACAAUGCAACAUACACGGGCUUGAAUAGGCAAACAGACGGCGACUACAAAGAACUUCCUGUUAAAAGAGAACGACCCAGAAAGAACGAGUUGAUUUACCAGGGUCUGAGCUCUGCAACCAGAGACACGUACGACACUCUGCAGAUGAAGCAACUUCCUGUGCGCACAACAGACCGCCAGGCAGACUGAACUCUCUUUUCAAUGUGCUUUUUUGCUCUUUAAUAUGUCGUCUUUCAAUCAUUCACAUGGAGUAUACAAAAUAAAACCUGCGUC